AUGUGGUAUGAACCAUACCCCUCACCUCCCAUCCUCUCUACUCAUCAGCUUGAAACCCAACUCACCAAUAAUCCUCAAAAAUCCAGUAAACACAUUCUGAACGCCCAAGUGGCCAUCCGCUCUCCUUGCUGCAAAAAAUGGUUCGACUGCGCCGAAUGCCACCAAGAACAAGAAUCGCACUCGCUCACCAAAACCACUGAAAUGGUCUUCGCCUGCAAGAAGUGCAAGAAAUGUUUCCGGAAGGACGCGACGGAGUUUGAUGAGAGUGACGAAUACUGCCCGCACUGCGAUAACCAUUUCGUGAUUGACGCUGUGACGCCGACGCCCACGUUGCAGGUCGAGGGUGAAGAUGCGAGAAUUGAUGCCAGAAUGCUCAAAGACGACCGUGUUCGCGGACACCAGGAACGCUCCAUCUUCAACUUCAAGGAUAUUUCCGAUCGCUUGGGUUAGACGCCAGACCCUGAAACGAGGGGUCGAUGAACGAGUUUUACGAAAUUAUGCAUACACACUACUACACUUUACCUAAAUAAUUCCUGUAUAUCACCUGGAACCUAGAGCUUCAUAUAUAUAUCCGGAGCACAUCUGCAUUACAGUAUAACGGAGUUUAUUUUCGUGAAAAA